GAGACGGACGACUUCGUUCUAGCCCUCGCUCGAUGGUUCAAGUCCGACUAUAUGAAGUGGAUCGACCCCAUACCCUGCCCGGACUGUAAAGGACCGACAAAAGGGACCGGGUCGACCAAUCCUACGGAGGGUGAACGGUCAGAAGGAGGAGGAAGAGUCGAGCUACACCAGUGCGUCAAAGGUGGAUGCGGUGCUACAAGGAGAUUUGUGCGGUAUGGGCAGAUACGGCCGUUGAUGCGGACAAGAGAAGGGAGGUGUGGGGAAUGGGCGCACCUGUUCUACGCGUUUCUACGAGUCGCGGGGAUCGAGGCACGAUACAUCUGGAACAGUGAAGAUCAUGUAUGGGCGGAGUAUUGGUCGGCAGCCAAAGAGCGUUGGGUACAUGUGGAUCCCUGCGAAGCAGCUGUCGACAAGCCGUUUCUGUAUGAGAAGGGGUGGGGCAAGAAGCAGUCCUAUUGCCUUGCUUUCGGUUCCCGCGGGGCGGAGGAUGUCACUGCCGUCUAUGUCGUCGAUCAAGCCGGAUGCGAACUUCGAAGGCAAACAAAAGGCUGGAGGGAGCAUAUUCUCGCACAGGCCUUGGAACAACACACCAUCUCUCUUCAGGCGCAAAGACCCCACGCGGAGCUCGAGGGCUGGGACUACAUGAUCCGAAAACAGCACGAAUGGAAGUUGGACGUGAAGAGACGUCUGGCCGAGGCGGAAGAGGAGGAACUGGGAGGGAGAGUCAGCGGACCGGAAGAGUGGAGGAAGAUGCGGGACGAGAUGGGGAGUGAUAAGGUCCCCAGACCCUCGUUCUCGGUGACAAAGCUUCUACACGACCUCAAAUCCUCCGAUGUGUAUCUCUUCGGCGAUGCUGUUCGAGCCGGCUCCGGCGUGGUGCUCACGACACGAUCAUCGCAGGCCUCGGGUGUCUUCGCCGAUGUCCGCAUAGCGCAGACUACGUCUUUCCGGGCGACAGUCACAUUCCGGAUGUUCGCACCGCCUGGAGCGCGCGAGGCAGAUGGGAUGGCCAUCGUCUUUUCCAGGGAUAGGAAGCUAGGUCUCGGAGGGUACGGGCUGGGUUAUUCUGGCUUGGGUGGGAAAGGGGAUUUUGCGGUCGAGACAGUCGAUACCUACCGGACUCAAGAUCACGCAGACGACCCUCCAGCUCCGCACAUUUCGGUUCACUCUCCACCUGACGCACACCACCGGAAUAGUAUAGCCUGUACGAAGCCUGGACAGGUCCCCUUUCUCAGCGACGGCAGGCUAUGGACGCUGGAGCUGGUCUAUGAUGGGUUAAGCCGCCAGCUGGUUGGCUGGAUGAAAGGCAAGGACGAUGCGAGCAAGGAAGGAAAGGUGGAUGAGAUAGGGCUAUGGGAGGUGUCGGUCCCGCCGGGGGAGGGGCCGGGAGGCGACUGGUACGUUGGCGUGACGGGGAGUUGCGGGGGCCUAUGGCAAAAGGUCAGUUGA